AUGGCGGCGCUGCGGGGCCUGCGGGGCGUCCCGGGGCUGCGGCUGCUGCCGGGCCCCCCCGAGCCCGGCCCCGGCGCGGUGUCCCUGUCCUCGUUCCCGGGGCGCUCCCGGUCCCGGGGGGCGCUGGUGGCCGCGCUGGUGGCCGGGGGCGGCUCGCUGGCGCUGGCGCUGUCCCUCGGGGGGGGCCCGGUGAGCGCAGGGGAGCUGGAGCUGCACCCCCCCAGCCUGCCCUGGAGCCACGGCGGCCACCUGGCCUCGCUGGACCACGCCAGUGUGCGCAGGGGGUUCCAGGUGUACCGCCAGGUGUGCUCCGCCUGUCACUCCAUGGAGUUCGUGGCCUUCCGGAACCUCAUCGGCGUCAGCCACACCGAGGCCGAGGCCAAGGCGCUGGCACAGGAGGUGGAGGUGCAGGACGGCCCCAACGAGAGCGGGGAGAUGUUCCUGCGGCCCGGGAAGAUCUCGGAUUAUUUCCCCAAGCCCUACCCCAACCCCGAGGCGGCGCGGGCGGCCAACAACGGGGCGCUGCCCCCCGACCUCAGCUACAUCGUCAACGCCAGGCACGGGGGCGAGGACUACGUCUUCGCCCUGCUGACGGGGUACUGUGACGCCCCCGCGGGGGUCUCGCUGAGGGAGGGGCUGCACUACAACCCCUACUUCCCCGGCCAGGCCAUCGGCAUGGCCCCCCCCAUCUACGACGAGGUGCUGGAGUACGACGACGUGCCAGGGUGUCCCCGUGUCCCCGUGUGUGUCCCCACGGGUGUCAGUGCCAGCCUGUGA